UUUGUAUUAAUAUUAUUUGGAUUUUAGCUGCCAACAUUUAUGAGCUUCCUGAAGUGAUAUUUGUAAUCUGAAAUUAGCUGUGUUGAAAUUUACUUUAAAUGCUUACCUUCCGUUUUCUAACUGGGCAAAUGGUUAUGUUGCAAAAUAUUAGAGUGUGUUCUUUUCAGGUUUUAUCUAGGAGCAUUUGCAAGAGAAAAAGUGCCUCAUGUCAGGAGCAGGCCAGUCAACAAUAAGAACAUCUCUGUUGGAACAGACAAAACAGUUAUCUAGUCCUUCUACUAGUUUGUUACAACAGUCAACUAGGUGCUAAUCGGAAGCCCACAAGCUGGACCUGAGAGCAGUAGGUGUUGUUCAGCAGCUGCUAUUCAGAGGGGCAGAUCACAAUAUAUGGAAAGUUUGAUGACGUUCUUCAAGAAGAUGCCGAAUUUUACUUUGUUUACAGUGGCUCAAAGCAGAGGCACGUGGCUUUCGCUAAGUGCAUUUCUGAUAACACCCUUGAAUCUGUUGUUCCAGCUCACAGAGAACAAGAAGAUGUUUCAGUUUGUGUGGUCAUGUACAAAGAAGAGGGCAUGCUGGUGACUCUGGGAUCUUCAUCUGUUACUUACAAGCAGGACACAGCUGGCGAGUUAGCAUGGUACCUUGUCAGCCAAGUGGAUUGCCUCACUCCCUCCAGUCACCACACGCUUCUCCAGAGGCUUGGUUUAACUGCGGAUGGUGUCCAGUUGGUGGAUCAUGAUGCCAUGCUGGCUGUGGCCCAUGAAGAAAUCCCACCUACUUGGAGCAUUGUUGGGAGUAGCUCAAACAAUGAUACUAUACAUAAAGAAACCAUUCUCCAUCUCACAAUGAGAUUUGGUUUGGUUCAGCUUUCCCAGUUCCUGUUAUUCCAACCAGGUGGGACAAUUGCAAUCACUCUGCCUAAUGAAGAUGGGUUGACACCAUUGGACUUGGCCUUACAGAACGGACAUUUCAGACUUGCUGACAUUUUCUCCAAAAAGCAGGUCAGCCAUCCAUUUGAGAUCUCUAAGGUGUUGCUCGGAGAAGAUGCUGCCCUACAGUUUGCUCAUUCAUCAGGAAUUCUGUCACUGACCUGUAAUCACACGGCAGAUCAUUUGCUAGAAUCUGAUGUUCAGCUGUUCAGGAAAUACUUCUGGGAUAGAGCUUUUUUGCACAAGAAUCUUCCCCCAAAGCAUGCUGAGACACUGGGAGACGUACAGAUGCCUUGCAACCCUACAACUUCUGUAGAAGAUCUGGUGGACAUGAUAUCUGAGGAGCCAUCUCUUAAAAAUGAAGAUGUGAUGUUUUACAGAGAUCGUAUGAUUCAGCCAAUUGAAAAUGAAGAUGAUGAUGGAGUGGAUUCAGUUCAACGACAUUUCCUGUUUGAGACUUACAAGAAAACCUCGACUCCCUCCACUUCCUUUGCAGUGGGAAGACUUCCUGCUAUGCUGAAUGGAAGCGAUGAAGUGUAUGCCAAUCGCAUGGUAGUGGACCAGAUGGAAGACGCUGGAGCCAAGCACAUUACCGCUGGCCAGUCUGCUUCUGAAACAUACACAGAUCAGACUGGCUCACAUGAAGAUCUGGAAGCAUCUGGAAAUAACACGGAUAUGCCAUCUGAUUUGGAUAGCUCAAGUUCUUAUGUGCCACUCCAAAAGGUGCAUGCAUUUAGCAAUCAACAAAACCAACGUUAUUCCAUCAUGAAAAAAAGAAGUUCCAGUCUUGAUGACUUGGAUGUAGACAAUGGGGAUGGAAGAAUUUCUAAUCUGUCGCAUAAAUGCUACCCUUCAAUGUCUUUCAACUCUUCUGUGACCUUGGCUGGCAUUAGGGAUGGGUUAAAUUCUUCAGAGACAGCAGCUGAACUGGAUUUCAACAUGAGCAGAGCCGAAUCCUUUCCUUUAUCCAGCAAUCCCCAGGCAAAGGAAUCAUUACUGUCUGGAGUUCGGUCUCGCUCAUAUUCUUAUACUGCUCCCAAAGUUGCCUUAGGGAAACCGCACUGUGCACGGGACUUCACAAUAUGUGAUUCAAAUGAUGAGCAACAUGCAUUCAGGUUGCCUCAACAUUCAGGAGAGCAAAGGAUUCAGGAAGAAGACUGGGAUAAAUACAUCAUACCUACAAAAUCAGAAUCUGAAAAAUAUAAAGUGAGCCGUACUUUCAGCUUUCUGAUGAGUAGAAUGGCCAGUACGCGGAACAAAUCCAAGGCAAAAAAUAAAGAUGCCAAAGAGAAGGAGAAACUCAACAAACACCAAUUUGUUAAUGGGACUUUCACAGGGGUAAUGCCAUGUUUCUCCUGUGAGAAACCACUUCUAGGGAAAGAGUCAUUGCAAUGUUCUUAUUGCAAUGCAAUUUUGCAUAAAAGUUGUAAGGACUGUGCUCCUGCAUGCACAAAGAAAUCCCAAGAGAGAUGUCACAUUAAGAACAGGACACCAGCUGUCCAGAUGAAUCCAUCAUUCAGAGACGUUCCUCAGCCAACGUUCUCCACAACGCAUCCUUCUACACCCAUUGGAUUAUCCGCCUUGAAAAAAGAUGUGUUGCAGCCACCGCUCUCCUUAUCCAAAAGUGUUCCAAGCACUGGCUUUGAAAGAAAAUGCGUGUCAUCUUUGGAGUCAGAUACAGAUACCAGCAGCUGGAGAUCCAGAUCACACUCUGAAGAGCUUUUGCAAUCCAUAGGAACAGCUCUACCUGUUGAUUCUUUUAUACUUGAAGAUGAUGUUGAUGCCUCUUUGUGGAGCGACCUGAGCACUGAUGCUUCAGAGUUUGAGGCAGAAUCAUGGAGUCUCGUUGUGGACCCUUCGUUUUGUAGCAGACAAGAAAAGGAUGUUAUCAAACGACAAGAUGUGAUUUUUGAGCUGAUGCAAACAGAAGUGCAUCACAUUCAUACCCUGUUCAUUAUGUCAAAAAUAUUCAGAAAAGGAAUGAAGGAAGAACUCCAACUGGACCAUAGCACUGUAGACAAGAUAUUCCCCUGUUUAGAUGAGCUGCAAGAACUUCACCAGCAGUUCUUCUACAGUAUGAAGGAGAGAAGACAGGAAUCCGCUCAGGAAGGAAGUGAUAGAAAUUUUGUUAUCAGCCGAAUUGGAGACAUCCUUGUGCAGCAGUUUUCAGAAGAGAAUGCAAACAAAAUGAAGUCCAUAUACGGGGAGUUUUGUAGUCAUCAGAAGGAAGCAGUCACCCUUUUCAAAGAAUUGCAGCAAAAUAAAAAGUUUCAAAACUUCAUCAAACUACGUAACAGUAACCUUUUGGCUCGGCGGAGAGGAAUCCCAGAAUGCAUUCUGCUUGUCACUCAAAGAAUCACAAAGUACCCUGUUUUAGUAGAAAGAAUAUUGCAGUAUACCAAAGAAGGAACUGAAGAACAUCGAGACUUAUGUGAAGCCCUUGGCCUAAUCAAAGAAAUGAUUGCAGCAGUUGAUUUGCAAGUCAAUGAAUAUGAGAAAAAGCAAAAAUUGCUAGAGAUUCUUAAUAGGAUUGAAAACAAAACAUACACAAAGCUGAAAAAUGGGCAUGUUUUCAGGAAGCAGGAUUUGAUCAAGAAACAGAGGACACUUUUGCAUGAAGGCUUAGUCUAUUGGAAAACAGCUACAGGACGUUUCAAAGAUAUACUAGCUCUCCUCCUAAGUGAUGUGAUGCUGUUUUUACAGGAAAAGGAUCAGAAAUAUAUCUUUGCAGCUGUUGACCAGAAGCCAGCUGUCAUAGCUCUUCAGAAACUUAUUGUCAGAGAAGUAGCUAAUGAAGAACGAGGAAUGUUCCUGAUUAGUGCCUCAUCCACAGGACCUGAGAUGUAUGAAAUCCAUACCAGUUCCAAAGAGGAACGGAGUCAUUGGAUGAGGCAAGUUCAAGAGGCAGUGGAAAGUUGUCCAGAAGAGGAAGGGAAAAUGGACGAAUCUGAUGAAGACCGAAGAGUAGCUGAGGCCAGAGCAGCCAAAAUUCAAAAAUGUCAAGCAAUCUUGAGUAACCAGGACCAGCAAAUCUGUAAUUUCUUGGAAGAAAAGCUUGGUAUCUAUGCAAAGCUUGGAGAUAUGAGUGGGUUUGAAGAUGUUCAUGUGGAACCACACCUGCUUAUAAAACCAGACUCUGGAGAAAUUCCUCAAGUCUCUUCACUCCUGGCUGCUGCGCUCAAGGAAGCGGAAAGCCUCCACAUGGCAGUAACGUUAUCGCAGACGCACGGCACAAGCCUCUCAGCAGAAGAGAGUACUGGGAAAUCUUGCCUGACAAAUAUUAGUGAAGCUGAAGUCUGUGAACCUGCCACUGAAUUUCCAGAACAACAGGUCCCGCAUGAGCCUUGUGAGUCCGAUGUUCAUGAUGCAAACAGCUUAGCAGAAUCUGACGUGCCAGACCAGGUUGUACAGACUAUCCAGAAUUUAACCCGCCUCCUAUACAGCAUACAGGCAGCCUUAACCAUCCAGGACACUCACAUUGAGAUCCAUAAGCUGCUUCUGCAGGAGCAUGAAAGAUCCAGCAGGGCCCACGGUUCUCGUGGCACCUCUCUUCCAGAACAAGAAAAGCACCGGAACUUCAAAUCCAAGGAGGAACUCGUGAACAUCCACAAACUCCAGCAGCAGUUUCAGCAGGAGCAGCAGCGCUGGCACCGUGAAUGCGAGCAGCGGCAACAGGAGUGUGAGGGGAGAGAGAGCCGCUUGCUGGAGAAGGAGAAAGAGUGCUUGAGCCAGGAAAAGUUGCUCUGCAAAAACCGAAGGGAGCUGGAUCUGCAGCUGCAGGACUACCAGCAAAACCUGGAAAGACUCAGGGAGAGCCAGAGGCUGGUGCAAAAGGAGCGGGAAAUGGUCAAGCUGCAACAGCAGAUCCUGCACCACUGGAAGCACAGCCGCCAAAGCAGUCUUCCUGUGGUGAUCUCGUCAGGGAACAACGAGAUCAUGGGAUGUAAUAAAUUGGACAGUUUUUGUGGUGAGAAUUCAGUCUUCAUAAAUGAAGCCAUGGUACAGAUGUCAUUAAACCGCCUAAACAGAUCAAAUUCAGCUCUAGUUUACCAGGACAGUGUGCACGGCGCCAGUCUGCCAAAUACAGAUUUAUCACGGACUACUGAAAAUCUGGCCAAUCUCAACAUGGACAUUUCUUGUCAGCAAGUAACCUCCACUGGUAACCUCUCAAAAUCCGCUGGACUCUGCCACUCUACUCCCUCUUCCAGCACAAGCCACACAGAUGCUUUUAACAACCGCCAUUGCACUGAAAAUGUGAACAGCAAGAAGAACUUGGCCAAUGACAAUUAUGUUAGGAAUCCAGGAGUGAACUCAGAUGUAUCACCAAAAAAACAAAUACCUAAAUAUCAAGACAUGAAUGCAUUGCAGAGCCAGUGCACAAGAUCGCACAGUUCAAGUCAUGGCAAUAUUCAACCACUGCACCUUUCAGAUGUUUUGCUGCACAAUCUGCCUUGUGAUAUGGGACAAGAUUCCGAGCAUGGCAGCAACGAAGAAAAGAUUGUUUAUCUCUAAUCUCUCCUCCUCUACUAUCGGUAGCACUUUGGGGUAAUUUUUCUAAUUGUUCAUAGUAAUUCUUUGUCCAAAUUGCUUUGCAGAUAUAUUAUUUAUUAAAAAUACAUUUCCCCAUAUCAUACGAUACAAAUUAAGUUAUUUUUAAAAAUGUGUCUGCAAAUAUUUAAAUUGUGAUGCACAUGUUACAUCUGAAACCCUCUGCAAGAAACAUCCCACAUUGGUGGGCUCUAAAGCUAGCAAUGGCACGUGUGUUUCUGCGCCUGCAGUGGGAAUCCAAAGUUCUGAGAGUGAAUGUGCACUUGCACACUAGCACGUUCACGUCUGCUCCCACGAGAGCCCUGCAUGGGAGGUGGCAGAGGCUCCCCAUUCAGCUCCCCAUCCUGUUGAUGGAAGCAGUUCUUACCACCCUGUGCCUGUGCCAGAGACGAGAUAACCAUGAGUGGACUACAUUUCUGCUUCAGGCCAGAGCUUGCAUGGCUAGACCUUUGUGUAACAGGAGCACUGGAGGUUUAAGAAAGCAACUUGGCAUCUUCUUUGAAAAGAGUGACAUCAAGCAAGAGAAUAGGAGAGGAAAGGCUCUAAUCUGGUUGAUAUUGUACCUUCUGCCAAGGUUUAUUCAGCCUUUUUGUUUUUAUGGACAUCAGUUCGAAAAUGCUCUAGAUCAGAAAUGGGCAACACGUAGCUCUUCAGGUGUGGCUCGACUGCAACUCCCAUUGUUUCACACCAUUGAUAAUUCCCAUCACUUUUUUACAAGUUGCCCACUCUUGAUCUGGACACUUCAUGGUGGGCCAUGACCACGGUGUGCCAACCAUAGAACGAGCACCAUCCUUGCCCUCCUUGGCAUUCCCCCGUCAGCACCCUGUGGUGACAUAAUGAUGGACAGAUCUAGGAAAAGAAGCCUCUGCUGGUAAUACAGCUAAAUGGUCUUGCCUACAUAUGGGUAAAAACACCUGCAACAUUUCUCAAGUAAUGUAAGCAAAAGCUCUUCUAUGUCUCCUAAGGUGAUGAUGCUGCACUGUCACUAUAGAAGACCUUCUGCCAAAUUGUAGCUGGAUUAACUGUUUCCACAAUGGACAUUCUGAUCUAUAACCUUACAUGGUCCUAAAGUUUUCUUUUGCAAAAAUGAGGAGGUUCUGGAAAUGAAUUCACAACUGGAUAUUAGCUACCCCAUUCUAGGUAGAUUCAGUUAUGCCACAAAUUCUGUCUCAUCUAGCAUGUAUAUAUAUAACUUGCUCUUCAGAGUGCUCCAGGUCAGUUUUGUGGUUAAUUUCAUUAUAACUUGUUCUUGGUUACAGCAAGUUCCCUUUCUUAUCAAAGUGCUAACAUUUAGUCACUUGGACAUUUCUACUCAGAGGGAAUUAGGAGGAGGAGAAAAAUGUCACAAAAUUUACCCUAAACAAACGCUGCUGCUUUUCCACAUCUAUGAACUCCAAAUCAGUGUGUUUCUUUCAAUACCAAGAGCUUUGAUAAAUUAUAUCAAAUAAUACAUAUGGAUGUUUUUCCCCUGUGCAUUUUCCAGUUGCCAUUGUAUACUUUUGGAAUUUAAUAAAUAUUCUGUAUCUUUG